AUGAUGUUUCGCGGUGCCGGGCACAUCGCCAUAGUUGCCCUGCACAUUCUACCGUUUACGAGUCAUGUUUACGCGCUUGAGUUAAAUGUUGACAGUCAGGAGUCGAUCAAAAAUGCCGGGAGCACCGCCGCCUCCAACAUGAUGAAAUGGUACAAGGAAUUUUCUACAGACAACCCGGGGUUCCUCUCGAGAUCCUGGUGGGAAGGCGCUGCUUUGUUUCUGGCAUGUCUCAAUUAUUGGCAUGCUACUAAUGACACGACAUAUAAUGAAGAAAUGAGCAUCGCGUUGCAGCAUCAGGGAGGUUCGAACGGAAACUAUCUGCCUUCCUGGGCGAUAGGCACCGGAAACGAUGAUCAAAUGUUCUGGGGCCUCGCGGCAAUUACUGCAGCAGAAUACAACUUCCCGAAUCGACCGAGUGGAGACACCUGGCUCACCCUUGCCGAGCGCGUCUUUUAUAAUCAAAAAAGUCCACAAGGAGGGGGGUGGGAGACAAGUAUCUGCGGGGGUGGCCUUCGUUGGCAGAAAGAUGUGUGGCAAAGUGGUUAUACCAUGAAGAACGCAGUGUCAAAUGGUGGCUUUUUCAUGCUUGCAGCGCGUCUCGCUUGGUUCAAACAAGCAGACGGCGCCGAGUUCGCCGAGUGGGCCGAAAACGUGUGGGAUUGGUCUACCAAUGUGAAUUUGGUUAACAAUAAGACCUGGGGGGUGGCGGAUAGUGUAAGGGAAGGCACUGGAGGUCCCGAUGGCUGCACCUUGCCUGACCAUACCAGGUGGACCUACAACUAUGGUGUCUAUCUCUCUGGCGCUGCUUAUAUGUAUGCCUAUACAAACGAUAGUAAGUGGCUUGACAUCACAAAUGGCCUGAUGGAUUCAUUAUUUGCUACAUUCUUCCUACCCCAAUACGGAGGUGUGAUCUCAGACCGGUGCGAACCUACGGGCCAGUGCGACGAAGACGCGAAUCGGCCAAUUUUCAAAGGUCUCACAAUAUCAUGGCUGGCAGAUAUUGCAUUGAUCAUCCCAUCUCUCAAGGAAAAGAUUCUACCAAAACUCCAAGUCUCUGCUGAGGGUGCUGCAAAGGCAUGCACCGGAGAUAACCAAAACCUCUGUGGUAAUCGCUGGUGGUACGGCAAAUACGAUGGACAGAAUUCAAUGGAGAACGCAAUGAGUGGUAGUCAGAUGAUGAGUGCUAUCAUGGUGAAAUUUCUCGACUCUUCUUCAGUACCGGUCUCAACCGCAACAGGGGGAAACGGCACCAGCGACCCGCAUGCUGCUACUGACAGUGGCUCGGGGCCUGCACAAUUGCACCCUAUUACAACGGCGGAUAGAGCGGGGGCUGGAAUAAUGACUGUGCUCUUCGUGGCUAGUAUGAUAGGUGGGGUAACAUUUUUGUUCAGUGGCUCUUGA